UUCGCCCCCGCCGGGCGGGGCGCUUGUCCCUGGGGGCGCCGGGGCCGCCGCCGGGGCCCGCGAUGUGACCAUGGACAGCAGGUUCAAGGAAAAUCCAGAACGUACCUUUGAUUUGGUACUGAAAGUAAAAUGCCAAGCUUCAGAAAACGAAGAUCCAGUGGUACUGUGGAAGUUCCCAGAGGACUUUGGAGACCAGGAAGUGCUGAACAGCGUUCCAAAGUUCUGCUUUCCUUUUGACGUUGAAAGGGUGUCCCAAAACCAAGUAGGACAGCAUUUCACCUUUGUGCUUACUGACAUUGAAAGUAAGCAAAGGUUUGGAUUCUGCCGUUUGACAUCAGGAGGCAAGGUCUGCCUCUGUAUUCUAAGUUACCUACCAUGGUUUGAAGUAUACUACAAGCUCCUAAAUACCCUGGCAGAUUAUUUGGCUAAAGAACAGGAAAAUGACUCAAAUGAUUUGUUGAAAUCGUUGUAUAGCCAUCCUGUGCCAAAGGCGAAUGCUUUCGUCAGUUUAAGUGUGAACCAAGAGAUGAUUUUUGCAAGUGAGCAAGUUUUGAAAAAUCAGCCUUGUCUUGUAUCGCACUCGUAUUUCAUUACUCCUGAUAUAACUGGAUUGCCAACGAUCCCUGAAAGUAGAAACCUCACUGAAUAUUUUGUUGCUGUGGAUGUGAACAACAUGCUGCAACUUUAUGCCAGUAUGUUGCACGAGAGACGAAUCAUUAUUACCUCCAGCAAACUAAGCACUUUAACUGCUUGUGUUCAUGCGUCAGCUGCAUUAUUGUAUCCAAUGUAUUGGCAACAUAUUUACAUCCCAGUGCUUCCUCCACAUCUUCUGGACUACUGCUGUGCACCGAUGCCUUAUCUAAUUGGCGUCCACUUAAGCUUGAUAGAGAGAGUAAAAAAUAGAUCACUGGAGGAUGUGGUUUUGCUAAAUGUUGACACAAACACUCUAGAAACCCCUUUUAAUGACCUGAACAACCUACCUGGUGAAGUGGUCUCGGCCUUGAAAAAUAAACUGAAAAAGCAGUCGACAGCUACGGGCAACGGAGUGGCCAAGGCCUUCCUGCGGGCACAGGCUGCACUCUUCGGAUCCUACAGAGAUGCUCUGAGAUACAAACCAGGAGAGCCUAUUACUUUCUGUGAGAAUAGUUUUGUGAAGCAUCGUUCCAGUACAACUAAGCAGUUCCUGGAAACAGCUGUUAAUCUGCAACUGUUUAAACAGUUUAUUGAUGGUCGGCUAUCAAAAUUGAAUUCAGGAAGAGGAUUCUCUGAUGUUUUCGAAGAAGAAAUCACAGCAGGAGGCUUUUGUGGAGGAAAUUCAAGAUCUUAUCAGCAAUGGAUGCAUACAGUGAAGAAAGGCAGUGCACUGAUCAACACAGCAAUGACCAAAGCAACACCGGCUGUGAAAACAGCAUAUAAAUUUGCAAAAAACCAGGCAAGGCAAGGAAUAAAAGAAGUGAAGAGUAAGUUAAAACACAAGGAGAGUGAGGAAGAGUAUGGAACGUGUAGUGCUGGUGCAGUACAGACUGUUCCCGUCUACACAUCGCAUUAUGACAAAAGAACAAGCUCAGAAAAACGAAGACUGGCACAGACUCGUUUCAACCAGCGCCUCAGUAACCAGGAUUUUGCCUUGGAUGAAGAUGAUGAUGAUGAAAUUGAGAGAACAAGCAAGUUAUCAUCAGAAGACAGUGAAGAAGCUUCUGCUUACUUUUAUGAUAGUGAUGGUUCCGGUGAAACUGGAAUAACUCAGCAUCAAGGAGAAAUGGACUUGCUUGGAGAGAUUCUGGACACGCUGAGCACACACAGUUCAGAUCAAGGAAAACUCUCAGGAGCAAAGAGCCUGGAUUUCUUCAGAUCGAUGGAUGACAUUGAUUACAAGACUGCGAACAAGUCAAAUGCACCUAGUGAGAGCAACCUUACCCUGCUCUGCAGCAGUGCCAAUGACCAGACAGAGUGGAACCUUGGCCAGGAUGACAGUGUUCUCCAUGGGAAGCAGCUCCCCCCGUCGCCAAGGAAGCAAGUUUCUUCUGGUGGCCAGAGAGAGUCUCUCUCAAGGAUGGAAGAAGAAAAGAGUGGCAAAACCUUUACUACUGACAAGAUGGACACCACUAGUUUGACAUCCCUGUCUCCAGUACGACCAAGUGCCCAGUUUACUUCAAUAGAAAGUUUCAAAGCAGGCUUUUCUUCCUGUCAGUAUGCAAAGCCUAAUGAAACACUAAGCAAUACCUCAGAAGAUCAGCUCCCAGCAGGUCUUGCUCAACAGCCAUCCAUCCUGGUCCCUUGGGAGAAAAGUGGGAAGGAAGGAGAUGAAACUCCAGAAGAAGGUGGACUUCUUCAAGAAGUGGUGUCAUUAUGUAAACUGAAUUCUGCUUUUCACUAUGGUUUAAAUAUUUCAAAGGAUAGGUUAUCCAGCAGUAGCAGUGGAAAUAAAACGUAAGAAAAGUAUGAAAAGAGAAACUUGACUCCCAUCAGAUGUUAAAGGGAGACUACUCAGGACUCCAUGUAACUGCAUAUAAGAUUAUAACCAAAAAAAAAAAAAAAAGAAGAAAAGGAAUAAGAGAUCUUCAGUUAUAAAAAUAGUUCUCUUCAGUUGAGUAUGCAUUUUCUGCCACUGGACAUUUGCUUCUACGUUUACUCAGUUCAAUUGUUAGCUGUAGUUAGGUCCACAAAAUGGAAGUAAAUGUAUGAAUGCACUCUCAAAUCAGGUACUAGUUAGUUCUCUGUGUUGAAAAUACAGCAAGUGUAUGGUGCUUCCUAGCAUUUGCUUCCUCUGAGCAGCAAGGGUGUCACCUAAAGGUAGCCAGGUUUUGAAGGUACUAUGUUAAUCCCAUUAGCAUGAAAUGAACCAAGCAAUCUGAUUUCUCUGAAAUGUACAAAUGUUAAUAUUUGUAAUGAAUAAUAAUUGCCUUAAUCUUUUGAGAAAGGGUUUAACUGUCUUAGAAGAUGAAUGCAAAUCUACAAAACAGCAAUAAUGAUUUUCCAUGGCAGGAAUUUGUUUCAGCAAAGGCAGGGGGAGGAAAGAAGACUUUUUAUAGAUUAAGGAAUUUCUUUUGACUAUAACUUGGAACUUACUCCAAACUAAAACUGUGGCUCUGUCUUCCAGAUUUCAAAAAGGUAGCACGUAGUUUUCUCUCUUCUAUUAAAGUACAUGAAGUGAUGAAUAUAAUGUGACAUUUAUUAACUUCUGUUUACAACUAAGACACUUUAAAGACACAUUAUCAGUUUCCCUAGGUAGACUAUCUCACCUAAAAAAUCUCAGAAAGGAAAGUGUAAGUGGAAUUGAUAGAUUUCUAUUAUUUUUUAUUUUCUGCAUUUUAAUAGUUGGAAAACUAAUUUGUGCCUGAUUUGUAACACUAGAAAGCUAAAUUUAUAGAUUCAGUUUGAGACUGCAUAUAUCCAACUCUCAUUUUAGCCAAGUUGGACAACCAAGAUCUUCUUUAUAGAUUUAGUGAAGGAAAAUAAAUGGUCUUGAUGUAUUUAGAACAAGCAUUUUUCCUCCUUCUGGCAGUGUUCCUGACUAAUAUUGGAUAUUUAAAGUCUGAACAUUUUUGAUGCUCUAUGGAGCAGCUCUUUAAUUUUUAAAAUUUUCUUCAUCUUUUCUUUUUCCACCUCACCAUACAUACCUUGUCUCCCCAACAGCUUAGGACAGAAGAAACAGUUAAUCAGUUUCAGCAGAUUGGAACUGUCAGCUUUGAGGGAUAUUUGUGGUAAAGUUGGUAGAAAUACCACAUGGGUAUAAAAGGAACUCUGUCUGAGAAGAAUGUUCUGCUGCUCUUCUUAGUUACAAAACUUUUUUUCUUUCCCUCUUUGUCAUGAAUGAUUUCUGUUAGUCUCAGCCUAGGCCUGAGUGAGCACGUUCCUGGGGUUGGUAUUUGGAUCAGAUUGUGCUUUAGUACCUUAAUAGCAGUUUGUAGCAGAGUUUCAUAUUGAUUACCUUGCUGAGAUUUAUAAAUUCAUUUUCAUUCUAGCUGACACAAAUGGAAAGGGCUUUUUUGGCUGCUUUCUUACAGGGCAGCUGGCCUAAGGGAAUUGCUCCAUGUCAUGGCAGAGGCACUCUUUGGAAUCUCACCAGAGAGGCUCAGUAGAGUGAGACCUGGAGUUAGUGCAAAAUUUCAUCUUGUUCCAGAAUGAGAAGGGCUGGGCCACUACUUGCCACUGAGGGUGAGCCUCCAGGAUUAAUUUUUUAAUCAGUGCAACAAAGCUAAAACAUAGUAAAAGUCUAAAUCAUGCAGAAAUAUCUGUGUCUGAUCAAGCAUGAGCAUUUUGGAGGUCAUCUGCAUUGCUGGAGAAUCUCAGUGUUCCAGAGUUAGCAGCUGUACAUCCAGAAGUCUGUGCUCCAGAUUACUUGUUAAUCCUUUGGUUUCCUCUUGUGCAACAACAUGAUACAUUGUGAACUUUUGUAAUAACAAAAAAUGUUACUUGGCAAAAUAUUUUGCACUAUUAGAAAUUGAAAGUAUUAUAAAAAUAAUAAAAAUCUUGACUCUCAGCUUUCCAAGGGGAUCAGGCCAAGUGGCUCUUUGUUCAGAUGACAAAGCUCCAGAGCAACCUGAUGGUUCCUUGUUUAAAGCUGGCAUUAAUGUCUUGAGGGCUUUCUUCUCCUUUGCUGGUACUAAACAUUGCCCAAGCAUAGUACUGCAAUGGGCAAUACACAGGUUUUUGUUCUUGUAGCACUUCUCACUCCUUCUCAUUCAUCUCCUUGCAUUUUGUGAUGAGAAUUUCAAGGUUCAACUUUUCCUUUCACAUGAUGUUUCUAUGCAUGGUUCAAUCUAAGUUGUUUUUUUCCUUCAUUUAUUAAAAUUAGUAAACAGUAUCAAUGUUUUAAGGAGGAAAAUAGAAAAAAACCCACAGAAAUUAUGGCCAUUAUUACUUUCAAAACCAUCAAAAACCUAAGUCCAGGAAUGCUGCCAGAAAAUUGUUUUCAAAAAUUACUGUUUAGUACAGGCAUAAAUCUUACUGGCUUUACACGAGGGUUAGAUAUUGAACAAAUGAUCACAUAGGUUGUUCCAAUCUCAGCUUUGUGGAAUAAAUAUGGAAGCCAUGUGAGAUUGCUAGUAUUCUUAAGUUUUUAUAAGAAUCAUAAAAUUGAAAGUUUGAUAGUGGAAUCUUUCAAAAUUGAGGCAUUGUAAUAAUAAUUCACUACUUCAUGGAGUGAAAAUGCAGGCUGAAAAGAAGUAAUAUUAAUUAAAACAUGGUAACAUUCAACUUAGAAUUAUUUUAAUUUCAGUCAAAAUGUUUCUGUGCUUAUGCUGCAUUGUUUCCUUACAAAGCUCAUAGUUUGUUUACAAUCAUUAAAUAGUAUGUCUUUUUUGAUUUUGAACCUUGUAUGGGUUCAGAAAUAGCUUGGUCUUAUAUGUGUGUUGAUUUUAACUGUAGGUACAUUUUUUUACUCUGUAAUGUACAGAAUCUUUUCCACUUACUAUCAGUGAUCUUUUAAAAAGGCUAAUAUUUGUGCCUUAUUUGAAUAGAAUUGCCAGUUACCAAAUAGAUAAGAGUCCAAACUGAUAUUUCUGGUUCAACACUCUUGUUCUCUGUCCUUGUGAUAAUAUGAAACUGUUUAUUGGCUACAUAUGCAGUAUUUUUAGUACCACAGUGGGUUCUAUAUUAAGAUAAAUUUUCCAGGUCCAGUACUUCACAAGUUUUAUACCUGUAUGCUUUUUAGUUGUGGAAAUCCUUCUAAUGUCUUUCAAAAUCAUCAACAUUGAUCACCAGCUACUGGUGAGAACUCUGAAUUCUGCUCAGUCAGAGCUCCUGUGGUCUUCUUCAGAGGCAUCUCUUUUCUUCAGGAUCUCAAAAAUCUUCUCAUUUCUCCUGUUUAAGGGAGGUAACAGGUUAUUUGAUUAGGCUUUGUGGUCUGUUACUUACACAUAGGAACAAAUUUCCAAUGUAGAAAGUCAAACCAGGACUUGAAAUGAAUAUUUUUGAGUUUAUUUUGCAUAGAUGUCUGCCUAAAAUGGGCCGUAUUUGGUUUGGGAGGAAAAAAAUAAGGGCAGUGGAAGGACAAAGGGAUUCCUGGGUUGUUCCAGUGCAAUGUGGUGAAGCAGAGCCUGGAAGUCCACAGGAGAGAUAGUAAUCAGUCAUGUAGGCAAAAGUAAUAUUGCCUGUGGAGUUAUCUCCCUGUGGGAUAUGAAGAAUGGAUAAUAAAUAUGUUGUCCCAGUCAAAGCCUUCCCAUUCAUGUGUAGGUGUAAUGAGGAAGACUGCAGAUACCAGGGAAAGGCUGUGGAUGCAGAGGUGAUCCCUACCCACCCUCUAUGCAUGCAGAGGGCAGUCUGUGUAGAAUAGGCAGUGGUUUGCUCUUCCAUCUCACAUUUUUGGACAUCAUGUAGUUCUGAAAAAUAGACUUGUUCUGAAGAAAAAACGUAGUUUUAGAAGUUGUCAUAGAAGUUGUUGACUGAACCCUUCCUUGUCAUUUAGCAUUUCAGUGGUGCUGCUGCUGUUGGGGUGGGAUCAUCAGAAACUCUCAACACUGGCUGAAGUCCCCUCUCAGGCAUUGUAACACAGACUUCAGGCAGAGUUUUAGACAAGUGCUGAGUGCUUCUGAAAAUCCCACCCAGUCUAUUAGAAGAGUGUUUUAGACCUUAAAAUUCUGGUUUAGAUGUCUUCUCAGGUUUUAGGAUGAGCUAGUUUAUAACCUUGUGUUCUUGUAACCCAUGUAAAGUCUAAGCAAAAGAACAGUUAACCCAGGUGUUUAAAACAGCUUCUUAUCCACCUACAGUCAAUGAUACUCAAUUCUACAGAGCAAUGUUUUGUUGGUGCAGCUGUCUAAUAAAAUUGCUAGAAGGAUCUAAAAUACCUUCUCUAUGCAUGUAAGUAAUCAAAGAAACAUUUCAUGCAAUAAUCAAGUGCCAGCAUGAGACCCUUUUGCAAAAGCCCCCUGUGUAAUCCUGACUGUACCCUGUCCUGCAGGAAGAACCCCUAACCAUGGACCUCCCUGACUCCUCAGGGAGAGCUCCAGAGGAGCUUUAUUUCCAAGGAGUUAGCAUCUCCUCCCUUGACACCAGCUUCUAGUCCAGGUGCUGUGAGACUCUAGCCAGUGUAUUCCCAACAGCCUGACAUUUCAAUAAUAAACAAAAAAGAAACAAAUUUGGUUAAUAAACUUAAACAGCUUUGGUAUUGCAAAGCUCAGGAUGAUGAAGGCUGUCUGUUCUCCUGGGAUUGCAGUAAAUCUUCGAAGAAUGAAUGUAGAAAUAAUUGCACCAGCAAAACCAGUAUGAAUGGUGGUGUGACUUGUCUUCAGUAACUUGUUGCUGCUAUUAGGCAUGUCUGUCUCUGCCGGGUGUUGUUUGCUUGUUAGCAGAAUCUGAGCUUACCAGAACAUGUCCUCAUCUUCACCCCAGGAGCAUGGACCACAGCUGGCCUAGAAUUCAUGUUCCUCAGGGUGUUGAAAAUAAAGGAAUAGAAAGGGAUGAUAUGGUUUGUUUGUGCAAAACCUCCCUGUAUCCAUUUUGCAAUAUCUGUUCCACAGUUUCAGUCAGUGGCCAGUUGAAAGUACUUGACAGGUCUUUCUGAAAGCUGCUUCAGUUAUUCUUGUAGAGUUUCCUGGUGAGUCCACAGCCACUUCAGUCUAGAGGGACAUCCACAACCCAUGUAGCUGGCAGGGCCAUUGCUGUCCUCUGCUGGGUUGGGGCACGAAGCAGGUAACACAGCUGGAUGUUACUCCAAGGUGUACUGUAGUAAAGGGUACUCAAUUAAACUGUACUAUUACUUAGCUCAAUACUAACAACACUUGUAUUUAGAAUCCAGUAACAGUAUUAGCAUUUGGAAAAUAAGUUGAGUUCAAGUAUGUUGACAUUUCUUAAGAUUCUGUGUAAAUUAACAUUCUUACUGUUUAAAAUAUGGGAGCAACUUGUUUGGAAGGGGGAAAUAUGUUGACUUUCAAAUCUUCAGUGAAUUUUGUGCAAUAUUACCCCUUGUUUCAAAGUAAUUUGCACAUCUGCUUUGAAGCAGAUCCAUGAAAUUGUAUUUUUUAGAAAUGUGUAAAAUUACAUGUAACUUUGAAAUAUGGUUGUAUGAUAAAAACAUGAAGAAAUCUAUUUGAAUGAGGCAAAUGUAUAUUUCUAGUGACUGGGUGAUUAUGGAUGUCACAUUCUGUAGAAAUAAUAAGGCCUAAGACAGUGUUCACAUACCAGUAGUUCCAGGUAACUCUUAAAAGUAAAACCUGGUUAAAUUGAAGGAUAACUAUUGGAACUUAUGAUAUGUAGUUUAUGCUUUGAUCAUUUGUUAAUCAUGGGUAAAAAGCUGAGGUGUUAAGCACUGCUUUUCAGGACCAACAAUGAGGUGAGAGUUCAUAGCAAUGACCACAAGAAUUUAGUUUGUGACAUCCAUAAUUAUCAUAAGUCAUUACUUAAAACAUCUACUAAUGUUGCCAGUAUCCUUUUAAGUUUUUGUAAAUUAAUUUUUGUAUAUUGAUGUACAUUUUCUUUUAACCUUUGAUUUUUCCUUGAGACCUUCUUUAAAUUAAUAUACUUGAAUGAGGCAAUAAAGCACUGUGGAAGAGCUAAUCUUGGUGCAGCCUGCACACAAGUGCAUCACAUCUGUUACUUUAUGAUUUUUGAGGAGGAAGAGCAAUUUAAAAUGCUUAGAUGUUUGGCAAACUGUCAGUUUGUGUUUGUUAAUUUUAAAUCUGUGCCAGAUAUGAUGAGAAAUGCCUCGACAUGGAACAAAGCAACAUCAUGUAUCUUGAUGCUUCUAAAUUAUUUUUUUUAUAAUUUUUUUUUGUGACCCUUGAAAACCAUUCCAAAUAAUGUCCCUUAUUGUGAGCCUUUAAUCCUUAAAAGAGAGGCAUAAAGUACAGGAUACAUUGAGAUUUUAUUUAUAAUUUUGAAAUUAAAAAAACUCACACACCAAACAACCAGCACUGUUCUUACAGUUUUAAAAAUUUAGUUAGUUACUGACCUUUUUACAAAACUAGCGCCAAAUUUACUCCAUGCUUUUGCACCUUCUGGAUUAUUGUUCAAAGUCAUCUUGAGAACUGUUAAUUCUGAUCUUAGACUACUGUUAGUAGUGCACUGUCUAGAUGUAUUAAGUGAGCUGUGAUGUGUGGUGUGGUUUGUCUUUUAUUUUCCUUCCAAAGUUUGUGGCAUCAGUAGAAGUUUUUGGUAAAUUCCACGUGACCAUAAAGUGCCCAACACUGUACUAUAAAAUAAAAUUUAAUAAUAUCCAAA